AGAGCAAGCAUUCAAUUUUAUUACAUUCAUCACACUACCUAACUAAACUUAUCUUUGAGCGGGAGCAUUUGCAUAAGUUACACGCUGGUCCACAGUUGCUUCUCGCUAGUGUGCGGAACUAUGUGUGGCCCAUUAAUGGCCGGCGCCUCGCGAGAAGUACUGUGCACAAUUGUUUACAGUGUAGGAAGGUGCAAGGCAAGACUUUGACUCCGUUGAUGGGAAACUUGCCCUCACAGCGUAUUACGGUGGACUUCCCGUUUCGUAGUGUUGGUGUGGAUAUGGCUGGUCCUUUCCUUAUCCUAAAUCUAAAGGGACGCGGAGCAAGAACAACAAAAUGUUAUUUAUGUAUCUUUGUUUGUUUGAGGUUUAAAUGCUUGCACUUGGAAGCUGUCAGCGACCUUUCAAGAGAAGCUUUCAUUUUAACUUUACGUAGAUUUGUGGCCCGUCGCGGAAGGCCUACAGAGAUUUUUUGUGAUAACGGCCGAAAUUUUGUAGCCGCCUCGAAAGAAAUAGGCAAUUUUUUAAAAUCUAAUAAGAAUUCCAUACAUUCCUUUUGUAGUGAGGAAGAAAUUAAAUUUGUAUUUUCUCCUACCUAUGCUCCCCAUUUUGGUGGCAUCUGGGAGGCUGGAGUGAAAUCCGCAAAGUUUCACAUCAGGCGUGUUAUGGGCAAUUCGCAUUUAACAUACGAGGAGAUAGGCACCCUGUUUGCGCAAGUUGAAGCCAUACUAAAUAGCCGUCCCAUCUGUCCUAUGUCUUCGUCUCCAAAUGACCUUCAAUUCCUCACCCCGGGGCACUUUCUGCUUGGUCGGCCGCUAACCGCAUUGCCAUCACCGAAUCUCGUCGACUGCAAGGCUUCUAGUCUCCGACGUUACCAACGGCUCGAACAAAUUCGACAACAUUUUUGGAGAAGAUGGCAGCACGAGUACUUGGCAGAGCUACAACAGAGAACAAAGUGGCGCGUUCCUGACAUCCCUUUGAGGCUUGGAGACCUGGUGCUAUUGCAAGAGGAAAAUAUGCCACCACUGUGUUGGCGUGUAGGGCGCAUCAGUAAGCUGUUCCCUGGCGCUGACGGUGUAUGUCGCGUGGCGGACGUUCAAACGACUCGAGGGACAUUUCGAAGACCUUUCACACGACUAAGCCCUCUACCAGUAACAGAGAAUCAAACUGAGGGUUAAAAUCUGGUGAUUUUAACGGCGGGGAUGAUGUUCG